UUUAAAUCGGUGAUCGGUCGGCCACACUGCCUUGCCUUUUUAUACACAGUGGCUUGUCGUCGUGUUGGAAUUUAAAGCAUAAAAUUAGGCUGUCAAUUCCAAGAUGAGCGCCUCCAAGGAGGGCAAGGAAAAGAAGGUCAAGAUUCUUGGCGUGGAGAAUGUUUCGCCACCCAAGGAGAGGCGUCCUGCGACCAGGAUGAAGCUCUUGAACGACGUUGGAGCAGGUGCAGAUCCUGAGGCCUCGAUCACCACAUCUAAAAGCCUUACAACUAAGCAGGAUAAACGCGGAAGUAUCGCGGGAUCACGCAUUAAAAUACUCAAUGAGGAAAUACUGGCCACUCCAAAGGCGGAAAAAAGAGGCUCCACGAAGAGCACAACUCCAGCCGCCUCCACCGUCAAGAUUCUAAAUGAUAAAAGGGCUCCCAGCGCCACCGCAACGGCUGUGGAAACUGCCAAAAUCAAGACCUCGCCUAGUAAACGGAAAAAAAUGGAUCACUAUGUACUCCAGGCUGUAAAAACUGAAAACAGCAAGGUGGUCACGACGGCGAUCGAAGAAGAUGAGGAUACCAUUGCUUUUAUUUUGGCCGAGGAUGAGGAAGUGGUGCCAGGAAGAAUUGAGGAAACCAAUGGUCAGGAGAUCGUCGUGACCGAGGGUGACGAGGACGAAGAAGAUGGCGACGAGGAUGGGGAGGAUUCCAAGGGAAUCUCCACCCACGUGGGAAAGAUCAAGGAGAUCGUGGAGCACGUGUGCGGCAAGUGCUACAAGACCUUUCGACGGGUUCAGAGUCUUAAGAAGCAUUUGGAGUUCUGCCGCUACGACAGUGGUUAUCAUCUGCGCAAAGCGGACAUGCUUAAGAACCUGGAAAAGAUCGAAAAGGAUGCCGUGGUGAUGGAAAAGAAGGAUAUCUGCUUUUGCUGCAGCGAAAGCUACGACACCUUUCAUCUGGGCCACAUCAACUGUCCCGACUGUCCAAAGUCGUUUAAGACGCAGACCAGCUACGAACGUCACAUCUUUAUUACCCACUCCGAGUUCAGCGAUUUCCCGUGCUCUAUCUGCAACGCGAACCUGCGCAGUGAGGCCUUGCUUACACUGCACGAGGAGCAGCACAAGUCGCGUGGUAAACCGUACGCCUGCAAGAUCUGCGGCAAGGACUUUACGCGCUCCUACCACCUGAAGCGCCAUCAGAAGUACUCCUCGUGCUCGUCGAAUGAGACCGAUACUAUGAGCUGUAAGGUAUGCGAUCGCGUCUUCUAUCGCCUGGACAACCUGCGAUCGCAUCUCAAGCAGCACCUGGGCACGCAGGUGGUAAAGAAGCCGGAGUAUAUGUGUCACACGUGCAAGAAUUGUUUUUACAGUCUGUCCACGCUCAACAUUCAUAUACGCACCCAUACUGGAGAGAAACCCUUCGAUUGUGAUCUUUGCGACAAGAAGUUCUCAGCUUUGGUAGCACUUAAAAAGCAUCGACGCUAUCACACUGGCGAGAAACCCUACAGUUGCACUGUGUGCAACCAAGCCUUUGCCGUCAAGGAGGUGCUCAAUCGACAUAUGAAGCGUCACACUGGAGAGCGUCCACACAAGUGUGAAGAGUGUGGCAAGAGCUUCAUCCAGGCCACCCAGCUGCGCACCCAUUCCAAGACCCAUAUUCGCCCCUUUGCCUGUGAUCAGUGUGAGGAAAAAUUCAAAACAGUAAAACAACUCGAGCGCCAUGUGAAGGAACACUCGCGCACAAAGCGUCCCGUCUUUUCCUGCACCGAAUGCAAACGGAGCUUCCGCACGACGGCCCUCCUCAAGGAGCAUAUGGAUGAGGGAAAACACAGCCCCAAACAACAACGGGUCAAGCGCUCGUCCAACAAAAUUAUGGAGCGAACAGAUUGCGCCAUUUGCGAUAAGAACUUCGACAGCAGCGAAACCCUUCGCAGGCACAUUCGCACCGUGCACGAGUGCGAUCCAGAUGACAUUUUCGGCGUUGAACCUCAGACUCCGAAGCGCGCAAAGAAGGUGAAACUGUCUGGAAUAGAAGUGGAGGAGGUCGUACCGGUGGCGCUGAAUACUUCGGCCGGAUCCUUGAUUUCCAGUCAAACCGAUGGAAACGGCGUGGUGGUCCGAGAAUUCUUGGUGGACGAGGGCGAUGGCACUGCUCAGACCAUUACGCUGGAGAACGAAACCUACACAAUUCUGCCUUUGGACGGGGCCAUCGAGGGAGAGCAACUGACGGAUGAAGCUGCAGUGAAGCCUGAGGGCAAAAAAGAUGAGGCGAAGGUCUCGCCGGUGGUCAAAAAGGAGCAGCGCAAAUCACUGGCCGCCAGUUUGGCGGCUGCCAUUGCUGAUAAUCUGGAGGAGGCCUCGAGCGAGGAAGAUGUCGUAGGUGAAAUCCUAACCGAGGAAGACCUACGACUCAAGGAGAACGUGGGAAAGCUAAUUGACAUGCUGGUGGAUCCACCCAUCUUGAAGAAAUACGGCUGGCCAAAUGCCGCCGAGGAAAUGGUGCUCUGCAAGGUGAUCGAGAACUGUGGUCACGAUUUGACCAAAGGUACUGAAAAUUACGCUGAACUGGACUAUGGCAGCCGGAUGCGAGAGUAUUGCAAACUGCUCUUCACCGUGGUCAUUCAUAACGAUUCCAUCAAGUCGCUCCUCAACAAUUUCCCCAUCGACGACGUCAUCGAAUAUGUGCUGGGAGAUGAGGACUCGGAGGAUGUAGGGUUUGGCAAGGAUAAAAGGGACGAUAAGGAGUCUAACACAGAGGAUGAUGAAGCAGAGACAAUAACAGGCGAUGCUGAAAAAGAAACGGUCCCAGCGAAAUCAGAAAAUAAGACAGCCACUGCGAAAACUGAAAAGGAGUUGAGCACAGAAGAUAAGAAAAAAACGAUCCCAGCAGAAAACGAAGAAGAAAAGGUUUGACUUGUCAGUCUUAAAUGCAUUGUGUGAUUUGCAUGUUAUUAUAAACUAGGCAUGUUUUUCAAAAGUUUCGAAAAAAUUUAAUAGGAAUCGCACAAUGUUUAGAAUUUAGGCAUGUUUUCGAAAAAAGUUUUGAGGAAAUUUGUUUAUUUAAUUCGAGUUAAAAUUUUUGCUCGAUUUUAUAUUUUUAAGAAAGCUAGGUUUAAGAACUUCGGUUUCGGUUCAAACACCAAGUGACCUUAUAAAAGAAACUUACCGUCUGUUAUUGAAUUGUUCGAUUUAAUUACCCAGAAAUGAUAAAACAUUUACAAAUCACCCAAAAACAAAAAACCAACAAAUGUCAUAUCAAAGAUAUUUUGAUAUUAUUAUAUACAUUUAUAUAUAUAUUUUGAAUUUAAAAGUGUACCCAAGCAAUAAAUGCAAGGCUAUUUUUAUAAAACU